GAGCGGGACAGAGCCCGGCCGGGGGAGAGCUCAGUCCUCACCCGGGUCCGUUCCGCGAUCGAAAGGCGUCCACACGCGCAGCCCCCGGCCAAGCCUCGUUUUCACCGGGGCCCCGCCCGCAAGCACACGAGCGUUUCCGGAGCGGCCCGAGCGCACGGACCCGCCUUCAGCUGGCGGCGGAAAUAACCGAGCGCGUCCGAACGGCCGCCGUCCAGCGCAUGCGCAGUGACGGAACCGAGUCGGUGCCGGACGUGCCCGAUAUUUUCCGAGUAAGGACGGACGCACCCGAGCGCUGCAGGAUCUCACUUCCGGGUCCCGAGCCGCAACCCGAAAGCUCCCGAGGAGUGACGGAAAGUCCCGAAGCCCACUUCCGGGUGGGCGAUGGCGCCGGCGCGGACCGAAGCGAGGCCGGAAAGACCCGAAGAGCCGAGGCGGGGACUUCUAGGUGGGCGAAGGCUGCCGAGCGUCUCCGGAAAGAGCCGAAGGUGCGCGAGAGGCGGCCUGGCGGCGGCCGAGCCUCUCCGGAAAGAGCCGAGGUGUGGCCGGAAGUUGCCGAGCGGGCCCGGACCGGGCGAGGGAGGAGGCCGGCAGCGGCGCCACACAAGAUGGCGGACGGGGAGGAGGUGACUCUGGACGGGAGGCCGCUGCAGGCGCUGCGGGUCGCCGACCUGAAGGCGGCCCUGCAGCAGCGCGGCCUGGCCAAGAGCGGCCAGAAGAGCGCGCUCAUCAAGCGGCUCCGCGGGGCCCUGAUGCUCGAGAACCUCCAGAAGCACUCAACCCUGCACGCCACCUUCCAGCCCAACUCCCAGAUCGGUGAGGAAAUGAGCCAGAACAGCUUCAUCAAGCAAUACCUGGAGAAGCAGCAUGAGCUGCUGCAGCAGCGGCUGCAGAGGGAGGCACGAGAGGCAGCCGAACUGGAGGCCUCCGGGAAGAGCUACCCCAUCUCCCGGGAGAGAAACGACUCUGACGAGGAGGGAACCAGGAGGCAGGAGCGCCGCUCCACCCGGGUCAGGCAGGCCAGAGCCGCCAAGCCCCCGGAGGGCCCCCAGGCCGUGGGGCCGGAGGAGCGGGAGGCGCCCCCUAGGGGCCGGAGGCCCGGGCCACGGCCCCCCCUGAAGCUGGAGCAGGAGCAGGAGGAGGACGAGGAGGAGGAGGAGGAGGACGAGGAGGAAGACGAGGAGGAGGAGGACGAGGACGAGGAGGAGGAGGAAGCAGCAAAGGCUCCGGAGGGGAAGGAGGCUUCCCGGGGGAUGGGGGAAGCCUGGGCCCCAGGCCCUCAGGCCAGCAGCUCACCCCAGGAAAUCAGGGGGGCCCGCCAGGAGAAGGGGGGGCUCAUGGUCCCAGCACCCCAACCGACAGGAGUGCCCAGAUCCCCAGCACCCCAGGAAGUGGGAGGGGGCAGAUCUCCGGCACCCCAGGAAGUAGGGGGGGCUGAGACCCAGGGAGUGGGGGGCCCCACAUCACCAGGGCCCCAAGAAAGGGGGUCAGCCCAGGCCCUGGGGCCCCAGGAGACAGAGGGGCCCAGAGCUCCAAAGCCCCAGGAAAGGGGGGUGACCAGGCCCUCGGAACCCCAGGGAAGUGGGACAGUUGUGACUCCAGCCCCCCAGGAGAAGGGGAAGCCCAGUCUACCGGCCCCCCAGGAGAAGGGGGAGCCCAGCCUGCCAGUCCCCCAGGAGAAGGGGGAGCCCAGCCCAAUGGCCCCCCAGAAGGAGGAGGAGCUGAGCCUGCCAGCCCCCCAGAAGAAGGAGGAGCCGAGCCUGCCAGCCCCCCACGAGAAGGGGAAGUCCAGCCCAACAGCCCCCCACAAGAAGGAGGAGGCCAGCCCGCCAGCCCCCCACAAGAAGGGGGAGCCCAGCCCGCCAGCCCCCCACAAGAAGGGGGAGGCCAGCCCGCCAGCCCCCCAGGCAAAGGGGGAGCCCAGCCCGCCAGCCCCCCACAAGAAGGGGGAGGCCAGCCCGCCAGCCCCCCAGGCAAAGGGGGAGCCCAGCCCGCCAGCCCCCCACAAGAAGGGGGAGGCCAGCCCGCCAGCCCCCCAGGCAAAGGGGGAGCCCAGCCCGCCAGCCCCCCACAAGAAGGGGGAGGCCAGCCCGCCAGCCCACCAGGAGAAGGGGCAGCCCAGCCCCACGGCUCCCCCGCUGGAGGAUUCCCCAGAGAAGAAGGGAGUGACUGGGCUCCAGGAAGACAAGGGGGUCCCCCAGGAGGAGGCAGAGGAGCCCCCUGAGAUCUCACAAGAAGGGGGGGUGGCUGCAACCGCCAGCUCCCCAGCCCCUCCCCAGCUGUCAGAAGGGGAGGCACCGAUGGCCCCCCCUGGGGAGGAUGAGCCCCCUCCGCCACUGCUGACCAAGGAGGCCCCCCCCAGUCAGAAAAGGCCAUCGGGGACCCACCCAGCAUCACCAUCCCCUCCCCCCCAGCGCCGGCGGAGGGGUGGGUCCGACUCAGACUCCGACUCAGAUUCCACUUCCUCCGGAUCCCGCUCCAGCCGUUCCGAGUCGCCCACCAGGAAGCGCCAGGCCUCACGCUCCAGCUCCAGCAGCAGCAGAAAGUCGCGCAGCCCUGACGCCUCGCGGGCCGGCCCCAGCUCCCCACACACCAAAGAGCCCUCCCCAGCAGGACAGCAGGAGGCGCCGGAGAGUCCCAUGGCAGAGGGCAGGCCGGCCCCCCAGAGACGCCCCAGCCACGGGCACCGGCACAGCCCGUUGUUGCAGCAGGGCGGCUCAGAGACCCCGGGGGGCCCAGCCAGGGCAGAGCCCACAGGGGACCCGCCGCGCCAGGCAGAGCAGAGGCAGCGUGUGAGUAGCCAGGAGGAGAAGGAGGAGGUGCCUAUGGAGUACGAGCCCCCCCAGGCUGGCGCUAGCCCCCCGGCCGGCCCCCCCACUCAGCCCCCCGGCCCCGACGAGCACCCCGACGGGGGGCCCGAGGACGAGGAGAGGAAAGAGGCCACGGCGCAGCACAAGGCCUUCAAGAGGAAGAUCUCCGUCGUGUCAGCGGCCAAGGGGGCAGCGGCAGGGAACAGUGACACGGAGGGCGGCCAGUCGGGGGGGCGCAAGCGGCGCUGGGGGUCCAGCACGGCUGCCACCCAGAAGAAGCCGUCCAUCAGCAUCACCACCGAGUCGCUUAAGAGCCUGAUCCCCGAGAUGAAGCCGGCGGCGGGGCAGGAGGCGGUGGUGGAUCUGCACGCCGACGACUCCCGCCUUUCAGAGGACGAGGCAGAGCGGCACGGGGAGCCGCCGGCCCACGAGAAGGGGCUGAAGAUCUGCCGGACCGUCACGCAGGUGGUGCCAGCCGAGGGGCAGGAGAACGGGCAGGGCGAGGAGGAGGAGGAGGAGAAGGAGCCGGAGGAGGAGCAGCCUGAGGCCCCUCCGGUCACAGCAGAGUUGCCGUUGCCCCCACCUGUGGAGCACGAAGUCAAGAAAGUGACGCUCAGCGACACCCUGACGCGCCGCUCCAUCAGCCAGCAGCUGGGCGUCUCCAUCACCAUCGAUGACCCCGUGCGCACGGCCCAGCUGCCGUCGCCCCGCGCCAAGCCCAGCCCCAUCGUGCACAUCUGCAACCUGGUGCGGCCCUUCACGCUGGGCCAGUUGAAGGAGCUGCUGGGCCGGACGGGGACGCUGGUGGAAGAAGCCUUCUGGAUCGACAAGAUCAAAUCGCACUGUUACGUCACGUACUCCACGCUGGAGGAGGCAGUGCUGACCCGCAACGCCCUGCACGGGGUGAAAUGGCCCCAGUCCAACCCCAAGUUCCUGUGCGCCGACUUCGCCGAGCAGGACGAGUUCGUGCAGGAUUCGUGCAGGAGUGGGGGGCUCCCUGGGGAGUGGGGGCUCCCGGCCCGGCACUCACCCCCUCUCUCGCAGUUCGUGCAGAAGCAGGCGGAGCGGGCGGCCCGGGCGCGGGAGCGGGAGCGGCGCCGCAAGGAGCUGGAGGAGGAGGAGCUGCGCCAGCGGGAGCGGAGCCGCCAGGCCGAGCGGGACAAGCGACGGGAGCACAGCCGGGAGCGGGGAGCUGGGGGCGCCCCAGGGGGGGCAGGCAGCGCCGAGCGGGGGGGCCGGGAGCGCCGCGAGGCCAAGAGGCACAGCCGGAGCCGGAGCCGCAGCACCCCGGUGAGGGACCGCGGGGGGCGCCGCUGAGCCUCCGUUGGGCAGCUGUGGGGGAGGCGGGCCCAGCCCCCCAUGGGGCCCCCCCGGGCUCUGCCGGGGGCUGCUGGGUUAUUGAGUUGGAUAAUUCUGCUGCCCCCUGGGGCAGAUCCCCCCGAACCCCGUUAAUUUGUAUUUUAUUUUGGGACAAAUGUUUUUUUAUUCUGCUGUCGCUGGCAAUCGAGAGGAAUAAAAGCCGGAGUUAGUUUCAUA